CACUCUUUGAUAUAUAUGUAAGCUUGUGAAAUCAUGGAUGACCUAUACCUUGUAUAAAUACACAAGCGCAGCAAACACACCCGCACUACUGGCCAUAAAUUUUCUUCUCCCAAAUAGGACUAUGAUGCUGGAGAAUGAAACCUCCUCCUUUUUGCAACCUUUGGCCUUCACAAUGCUGGCCAUUUUCAUCAUCCUCAUAUACAGAUGGUACUCCUCCACCACAACCACCAACAAAACCUCAUCACCACCUUCUCCACCGAAGCUCCCUAUCAUCGGAAACUUUCACCAAAUAGGCUUGGAUCCUCAUCGCUCACUGCAAAAAUUAUCUCAACGUCAUGGCCCUCUCAUGCUUCUUCACUUCGGACGUGUCCCGGUCCUUGUUGUCUCUUCGGCUCAGGCAGCUCAGGAGAUCAUGAAAACCCAUGACCACACAUUUUCUGAUCGACCCAGGUCCACCAACUUUGAGAAGCUUCUCUACAACUGUAAAGACGUUGCAUCUGCUCCUUAUGGUGAGUAUUGGAGGAAGGUGAAAAGUAUAUGUGUCAUACAUCUUUUGAGCAACAAAAGGGUUCGCUCUUUUCGCUUUGUGAGAGAAGAGGAAACCAACUCCAUGAUCAGCGACAUAAUGAAAUCAUCACCAUCAGUUUUGAAUUUAAGCGAAAUGUUUCUGAGGCUUUCCAAUGAUGUUGUAUCUAGAGUGGCUCUGGGGAGGAAGUACAGUGGUGAAGGUGGGAUGAAGUUUGAGGGACUUUUGCGGGAGUUCUUUGAGUUAUUGGGAACUACUAAAAUUGGGGACUAUAUCCCAUGGCUUUCUUGGUUGAGCAGUGUCAACGGUUUGGAAGCCAAGUUCGACAAGGUGGCUAAGAAGUUUGAUGACUUUUUAGAUAAAGUGGUCCAAGAGCAUAUGGAUCGGAGUCCAAAGACUGGAGACGAUGACCAAGCGGAUUUUGUCGAUGUUUUGCUUGCAAUUCAGAAAGAAAACUUGCCUGGUUUUUCUAUUGAUACAGUUACUAUAAAAGCUCUCAUCUUGGAUAUGUUUACUGCUGGCACUCAUACAGCAUCUACAGUCCUAGAGUGGGCAAUGACCGAGCUUUUAAGGCAUCCUAGGGUCAUGAAAAAGUUGCAGAAUGAGGUACGUGAAAUAGUCCGAAAGGAAGAACUCAUAACAGAAGAUGAUUCGAUUGAAAUGCACUACUUGAAGGCGGUGAUAACCGAGACUCUUCGCUUACAUCCACCAGUUCCACUACUGUUGCCCAGGAUUGCGACCCAAGAUGCGGAAAUAGGUGGAUACAAAAUUAAAGCCAAGACACACGUUAUGGUCAAUGCAUGGCAAAUUGGAAGAGAUCCCAAACUAUAUGAAAAUCCAGAGGAGUUCGAGCCAGAAAGGUUCUUGAAUAGUGAGGUAGAUUAUAAAGGGAAUGACUUUCAGUUAAUUCCAUUUGGUGCUGGUAGGAGGGUCUGUCCUGGAAUUCAGUUUGGCAUGACUGUUAAUGAGAUUGCCUUGGCAAAUAUCGUGCACAAGUUCGACUGGGAGUUGCCUGGUGGAGCAAGUGGGGAGGAUUUAGAUACGACUGAAUCUACGGGUAUAACAGUACACAGAAAAUAUCCUCUCAGAGCUGUUGCUAUUCCAUAUUUAUGUUGAAAGAUAGAGGCCUUAUCCUCUAAUGUACGUGUAUUGGCCCUUGUAUUUUAUGUCUAAGGCUCUAAGCCUUCUAUCCUCACCUAUUAUGUUCGCUCUGUCCGUCGCUGCCAAACUAGCAUAGCACAACAUGCGUGCCAUUAUCAUGAGUGUGAAUUUUAUGUGUUGUGUUGGGAAUUUCUUAAUUCAUGGUAUUUCCUUCAA